GUGUUGCUCCACCUAGUUUAAGUUCAUCUUGGCCCUGAAAGUCGUGGUUACACGAGAGGCUUUGGCUGCUUUCUGGAACGUCGUUCUGAUCCCUUUAAAGGUGGGAUCAUGACGGAGGAUGCGGGGGAAGAAGGCGGGAGCCGAGGGCUGGAGAGUCUCCGUUGACAUAGUAACUCUUAAGCUCCGUCUCUCUUGCUCUCCGCUCUCAGGCUCCGCUGCCACCCGCCACCCCGCCUGCUCUCCCUUGGCCCGGGAGUCCCAGCCGCUCCCUUGUGGGAUCCCUUCGGCUUGACCCGCCCCGGACAAGGUCCCCUUUGCGACCCUCUAGAUGACGACUUCUCCCCCAGCCAGCGGCGGAGCCACUCGCGGAGGUCAGCGCGCCGGGCGUCCGCGCUCCUAGCCUCACCCUCGCCCCGUGGGCACCUAUCUGCCCUGGCCAGUUCGGUGGGUGACGCAGACCCCUCCGCACCGGGUCCCAGUUAGAACUGCUGAGGCGUCUCUCCCAGAAGCUGGACCCCGGCCCGUCCCGCGUUCCCGCCAUGAACCAGAGCCCGGCGUUCGGGCCCCGGAGGGGCGGCUCUCCCCGGGUCGCGGCCGGGGCCGGCGCGCGGCGGAACGAGAGCCAGGAUUACCUGCUCAUGGACUCGGAGUUGGGAGACGACGGCUACCCGCAGCCCCCGCUGCUUCCCUACGGUUACUACCCCAGCUUCCGAGGCAGUGACAAUAGACUGGCGCACCGGCGGCAGACAGUUCUCCGUGAGAAAGGGAGAAGGCUAGCUAACCGAGGCCCAGCAUACAUGUUUAAUGAUCACUCAACAAGCCUAUCUAUUGAGGAGGAACGCUUUUUAGAUGCAGCUGAAUAUGGCAACAUCCCAGUGGUGAGGAAGAUGUUAGAAGAAUGCCUCUCACUCAAUGUUAACUGUGUGGAUUACAUGGGCCAGAACGCCCUGCAGCUGGCUGUGGCCAACGAGCAUCUGGAAAUUACAGAGCUUCUCCUUAAGAAAGAAAACCUCUCUCGGGUUGGGGAUGCUUUGCUUUUAGCUAUUAGUAAAGGUUAUGUGCGGAUUGUGGAAGCCAUUCUCAGUCAUCCAGCUUUUGCUGAAGGCAAGCGAUUAGCAACCAGCCCCAGUCAGUCUGAACUCCAGCAAGAUGAUUUUUAUGCCUAUGAUGAAGAUGGAACGCGGUUCUCCCAUGAUGUGACUCCAAUCAUCCUGGCUGCCCACUGCCAGGAGUUUGAAAUUGUGCACACCCUCUUGCGGAAGGGUGCUCGGAUUGAACGGCCUCAUGACUAUUUCUGCAAGUGCAGCGAAUGCAACCAGAAACAGAAGCAUGACUCCUUCAGCCACUCCAGAUCUAGAAUUAAUGCCUACAAAGGCCUGGCAAGCCCAGCUUACCUGUCAUUGUCUAGUGAAGAUCCAGUCAUGACAGCUUUGGAGCUUAGCAAUGAGCUGGCAGUGCUGGCCAACAUUGAGAAAGAGUUCAAGAAUGACUACAAAAAACUAUCAAUGCAGUGCAAAGAUUUUGUGGUUGGACUCCUUGAUCUGUGCAGAAAUACCGAAGAAGUAGAGGCCAUUCUGAAUGGGGAUGUUGAAGUACACCACAGCGGAGAUCACGGUCGUCCCAAUCUCAGCCGUUUAAAACUUGCCAUUAAAUAUGAAGUGAAAAAAUUUGUAGCUCACCCCAACUGUCAACAGCAGCUUCUCUCCAUAUGGUAUGAGAACCUUUCCGGUUUGCGGCAGCAGACCAUGGCAGUCAAGUUCCUUGUGGUCCUCGCCGUUGCCAUCGGACUGCCCUUCCUGGCUCUCAUUUACUGGUUUGCUCCAUGCAGCAAGAUGGGGAAGAUAAUGCGUGGACCAUUCAUGAAGUUUGUAGCACACGCCGCCUCCUUCACCAUUUUUCUGGGACUGCUAGUCAUGAAUGCAGCUGACAGAUUUGAAGGCACCAAACUCCUUCCUAAUGAAACCAGCACAGAUAAUGCAAAACAGCUGUUCAGGAUGAAAACAUCCUGCUUCUCUUGGAUGGAGAUGCUCAUUAUAUCCUGGGUAAUAGGCAUGAUAUGGGCAGAAUGUAAAGAAAUUUGGACUCAAGGCCCCAAGGAGUACUUGUUUGAGUUGUGGAAUAUGCUUGAUUUUGGAAUGUUGGCAAUCUUUGCAGCAUCAUUCAUUGCAAGAUUCAUGGCAUUUUGGCAUGCUUCCAAAGCCCAGAGCAUCAUUGAUGCAAAUGAUACUUUGAAGGAUUUGACAAAAGUCACAUUGGGAGACAAUGUGAAAUACUACAACUUGGCCAGGAUAAAGUGGGACCCCUCUGAUCCUCAAAUUAUAUCUGAAGGUCUUUAUGCAAUUGCUGUAGUUUUAAGUUUCUCCAGAAUAGCCUACAUUUUACCAGCAAAUGAAAGCUUUGGACCUCUGCAGAUAUCUCUUGGAAGAACAGUAAAAGACAUCUUCAAGUUCAUGGUCAUAUUCAUCAUGGUAUUUGUGGCCUUUAUGAUUGGAAUGUUCAAUCUCUACUCCUACUAUAUUGGUGCAAAACAAAAUGAAGCCUUCACAACAGUGGAGGAGAGUUUUAAGACACUAUUUUGGGCUAUAUUCGGACUUUCUGAAGUGAAAUCAGUGGUCAUCAACUAUAAUCACAAAUUCAUUGAAAACAUCGGUUAUGUUCUUUACGGAGUCUACAAUGUUACGAUGGUCAUUGUUUUGCUAAACAUGUUAAUUGCAAUGAUCAACAGUUCGUUCCAGGAAAUAGAGGAUGACGCUGAUGUGGAAUGGAAAUUUGCAAGGGCCAAACUUUGGUUCUCCUACUUUGAGGAAGGAAGAACUCUUCCUGUUCCCUUCAACCUGGUGCCAAGUCCAAAGUCCCUGUUUUAUCUCUUACUGAGGCUUAAAAAAUGGAUUUCCGAGUUGUUCCAGGGCCAUAAAAAGGGUUUCCAGGAGGAUGCAGAAAUGAACAAGAGAAAUGAAGAAAAGAAAUUUGGAAUUUUGGGAAGUCAUGAAGACCUUUCAAAACUAUCACUUGACAAAAAACAGUUUGGGCACAGUAAACAAUCAAGUAUAAGGAGCUCGGAAGAUUUCCAUUUAAAUAAUUUCAAUAAUCCUCCAAGACAAUAUCAGAAAAUAAUGAAGAGGCUCAUUAAAAGAUAUGUAUUACAAGCCCAGAUAGAUAAGGAGAGUGACGAAGUGAAUGAAGGGGAACUGAAGGAAAUUAAACAAGACAUCUCAAGUCUCCGCUAUGAACUCCUUGAAGAAAAAUCUCAGAAUUCAGAGGACCUGGCAGAACUUAUUAGAAAACUUGGGGAGAAAUUAUCAAUGAGGCCAAAUCAAGAGGAAAGCAAUAGAUAAUGCAAAGACUUUCUUAAAAAUUCAUAUUUAUUUGUCCACUUGAAGCCAUAUUAUUUUCUGAUUUAUUUUUUUAAGUGCCAGUGUAACCACCUUUUAAACAAGAGAAAGUUCAAAGAUAACUUGGGUCAUCCUAUCCUUUGGGACUACUAUUUAAUAUUUUUGGUGAUUAAAUUUCAUCAUUCAGGCUAAAGAUUGCAGUUUAUGAUGAAAAGUAUGCACAGUUGUUUGGUGCUUGUUUUGUAAACUGCUUUUUUGGGUAUGACUAUUGUGAUGAUGUGUCGCCAUGUAAUGUCUGCCUGGGAAUCGUUUCAGCUGGCUGGGGUAGACACACAGACAGUGGUACUUCCUGUGAUGGUGAUUUCAGGCAUUUCAGGCAUUUUCUGCUUUGUGGAUCCCUUGAUGGUGACGUCUAGACUUGAAUUCUAGAGAAAAAUAAUUUCUUGCCAUUUAGAGAACACUGUUUAAUCAUCUCCCCUAGUGAGCCCCCACAGAAUAUAAUUGAUAAUGUCUAUAUAAAAUGGGGUUAAAUCCUUCCUAAAUUUUCUGAUUCAUCUCUUUGAAAAUACUGCACUUAUCAAUGAAAAAGUGCUUCCUUUACCAAACUCUGGAAGCAUAAUUCAAGAGUGUGUGUGUGUGUGUGUGUGUGUGUGUGUGUGUGCGCGCGCGCAAAUGUACAUGUGAAAUGCUUGUCCUGUUUUCUCUUGCAGCCAAUAUAGGAACUCAAAAGUGCUCUUUAUGUUGUACUUUUUAUCAUGACAAAAAUUAUUGGCCACAUAAUUGGAGAAGUAUUAAAGCCACAAACAAUUGUGGUUAUUUGGUCCAGUUAUAGCACAAUAUUGUGCCAUUUCCAAGGGACUUUACAGGUGAAUUCCCACAUUUGGCAUCAAAUGUAAAGGGAAAAAAGUGCUGAGGGAAUUUGCUAAUAUUUACGUGUUAUUCUCAGGAUGUCCUACCCUCAUCUCAGAAUAUAGAAAAUAGGAAUUUGCAUUCAUGAGCAUUUACCAAGAGGUUGCCAUUACUUAUUGAUAAUGUAAGACAAUAUCUAAAACAACUAAAAGGAAAAAAUGAAGGUUCACCAUUCAGCCACCCAAAGACUGUCAACAUUGAGAUGAUGCCAGGCAUGGAUUGGAAUUGCUGCUUUAAAAGAGAGGCUUCAAAUGCAAAUGUUUAAUUUCAUUUUGGAUAAAAUGGUCAGAGAAUCUGUUUAGCCCCAACUUCAACUGAGUUUAAAUCAGAAACACCUUUAUGUAACCAGAUAAAAAUAUAGCUGAGAUUUUAUAUUCAGUGAUUUUGUAUUUAUGGGUACUACUUAUGGAGAAGUUAUUUAGUGAUACAGAGAAGGUCUGUUUUCAAAUGUUUUGUGAUGAUAUUUGAUUCAGAAAUUGUAAAAGUCAACCUCAUACCCUAUGUACUAUUUGCAAAUUAAAAUAAUCUAAAUACA